AUGCUAAUGCCCAAUAACAAGGUUUUAAUCGGAUAUUGUCAUCUAUGCACUUUAUAUUACGUUAACAGUCUCUUUAAGGUUGAAGAAUUGAAGAAUGCUCAUCAGUUCAGCCAGGAUAUAUGUGAUGAGUACUGUUCCAGAGGUGAACUGCUGGUUGUGGUGGAUAAUACCAAUGUUAAACGAUGGGAGAUGGGAACAUACUUUAAACUGGCAGAAAAAUAUAGGUAUACUGUGAUACUAGCGGAACCUAAAACUCCCUGGAGAUAUAAUGUUCAAGAACUGGCAGCAAGAAAUAGUCAUGGAGUGAGUAUAGAUGUGCUUAGUAGAAGAGUCAAAGAUUAUGAACGGGUUCUCCCUAGAUAUUUUGGUUGGUUCUUGAACCUGGCGGACAGUAGAGAUCUGUUAACAACGGCUAGUUAGAACACUGCU